AUGAAAUACGCCAAAAUAUCAAAUUAGGUCAGAUAGGCCUUCAUAAAAAGAAUAUCUGAAAAGAAAUGUACAAUCAGACAAGCAGCAAAGUAAUUUGGUAUCAAAUUUUCAACCGCCAAAGCAAUUUUAUCGAUUUAUAGACACGAAGGUAGGAUAGGGAAAAAGCAAAGAAGACAAAGAAAACUUUCAAACAAUAUUAUUUCUGAAAAGGAAACAUAAAAAUCUCUCAAAGAAGAACCCAUAGAGACCAAAGAGGAGAUUAAAAAGGGAUCAACCUCUUUAAACUACUGUUAACGACGGGCUAACAAUACAACACAUACCGUAAUACAAUUAUGA